CAGGAGGCCGAGUAUACAGCGCGAGUCGCACGCAUGGUCGUCGCCACGAUCGACAUCUCGCCCUUCGCAAACCCGGCGGCGCACGACGACGCCGCUCGCGCGCGAGCUGCUGCGGAUUGGGACCGCGCGAUGAGUGACGUGGGCUUUGCUGUCGUCGCGGGCCACGGCGUCGCGCCAGAGGUCGUGGGGGCGCUGCGGUCCGCGGCGCACGAGUUUUUCGAGCGGAGCGCCGAGGCGAAGGCUGCCUACUGCCACGGUCCGUACGGCAACCCCCUCGGCGGCUACACCGGCAUCGGCACCGAGGCUGUCUCACGCACGCGGGACACGCACGGCGGCGACGGCGGCCGCAGCGCCGGGGCGAGCGCGGCGGCGCCGCCCGACUUGGUGGAGUCCUUCAUCUUCAAGCCGGCCUCCCCCGCGGCGGCGCCGACUUGCCUCGACAAGCCUGCCUCGACCUACCACAGCGAGCUGCUCCGAGUCCUCGGCUGCCUGCACCAGCUCACCGCCGCCGCGCUCAGCCUGCCGGCAGACUACUUUGAGCGCUUCUAUUCGCCGCACGCCGAGGUGUCGCUGCGGCUCGCCUACUACCCCGCCCUCUCCGCCUCGGAGCAGGCCUCCUCCGCCGUCCGAUACGGCGAGCACACCGACUACACCGGCUUCACGCUCCUCUCGCAGGACGAGAGCGACCUGGGCGAGGAAGGCGCG